GCCUAGAUACGACUACAAGAUCUGGAUUUGAGUGUCUUUGAAGUCUGGUUUAGGUCGUCCUGUCUCUUAAGAUUUCAUAGCAAGCUCGUGCUAUCAUGGCGCGAAAUCCUGGAGAACCAAUUAUAUUUUCCUUGGCGGGAACAUACCAGCAGGAACGUCAAAUGCAGUUUACUUUAGAGACUCUGUGGAAACGCUACAGUAGAAACAACGUAACCAUAAGGUAGACUGACCGACGACUGUAUAAAUAUAUACAGUAUUAGCAACUAAUAAACAUUUGACUUGUGUCGAAAUUACAGUAGGUUAUAGCGGUAGCAUUGACGAGUAUUCGUCCUCACUUAAUUUAAACGUUGACGUAAAUAAACAGUAGUUAGUUAGUCUAGUGUGUUCCUUAGAUUUUUGGCUAGAAUAACACACGUCCGGUACUGUUAAUGGCCUCCACUGGGAGAAAACAGUCAAAGAAAACGAAGCAUGCAGAAGACUCUGACAUAAAAUCGUUUGAUUUCGCUCUUGAGGACGAAAAGACAGGACUGAGUUGUUCAGAGGAUGACAUCCGAGAAGAUGAAACUCCUGUUGUUGACAAGAUGGCCAAGAAAAGGUCAUUUGAGGAGGAUGAUCUAAAAGUUGGAGUGGGGAACGAGGUACAAACCAUGUUGGAGAGAUUUGGAGCUGAUAUAAGCAAAGCCAUGCAAGCCAAGAGGAAACGUUUAGAGACCUUCACCAAGAGCUCACUAAAAGGCAGCAAUCAGAAACUGGAGCAGCUGUGGAAUACCCAGUAUGCACAAAGGCAGAAGCUGACUCAGGAGUACUCACAGCAGGUGUCAUCUGUGCUGCAGCAAUGGGAGAUUGAUGCACAGAAAUCCGAGGAUCAGGAGGAAAAAUUGAAUAACUUGUUUCGCCAGCAACAAAAACUGUUCCAGCAGGCUAGAGUGGUGCAAAGCCAGAAACUGAAAACCAUCAAAGAGUUAUACGAGCAGUUCAUUAAGAACAUGGAGGAGAUGGAGAAGAGUCAUGAGACCUUCUUGCAGGGGGCACAGGUGGAGCUGAAGAAGGAGAUGGCAGUGUUGCAGAAGAAAGUUAUGAUGGACACUCAACAGCAAGAGAUGGCCACUGUCCGCAAGUCUCUUCAGUCUAUGCUGUUCUAGAGGAAGUUUAAGCUGAUGUUACCAUGUCAAUAGCCUCUACAGUCAAACCGCUAAGGGUUUUUACAAUUUGAGAGUUCACGACAAUUAGACACUGGAAAUGAAAGACAUAAGGUUUUGAAGGUCUGAAUUCUGUUUGUAUAUUUGCAUGCUGUAUUUAUUCAUUAACAUGUUGCUUAUUCUUAUAUUUAUUUGCCAGGUGAUCUGCUAUUGUGUACUUACCUGUAUGUUUAUCUUCUGUUUGUUUCAUGAAACAAUUUGCUGUUAACAAUACAAUUGUGUUUUUAUUAAAGCCAUUAUAAGUAGCAGUUAUUUUUUAUAAUGGACUGAAGUAUUUUCUGAUUUGUCAAGGCAGACAACAAUAACAAAACUUUGAUCCAC